AUGAACGAUAACGGAAGACGUGUUAAUAGUAUUAUUAUAAAAAAUUUACCAGCAAAUUAUAAUGAAAGUCAACUUGAAGAACUAUUUUCAAAAUUUGGUCGUAUUGUAUCAAGUAAAGUUUUACCAAGUAAUCCAAAUUUUGAUGGUGGUUGUGGUUUUGUUAAUUUUGCUGAAUCAGAUAGUUGUACUAAAGCUGUUGAAAAUAUGAAUAAUUUUGUUAUUGAUCGAUUUACUUUACGUGUUAAUCAUGCAUCAACACGAUUGGGUAAUAAUAAUACUGAUCGACCACAAAAUGGAUUUCGUAAUAAUGGCGAAUUACAUGAAGAUAAUAAUGGUGCAUCAUCACCUAGUAUUCAAAAUCGAUUUAGUGGUUUUCGACCAGCUAGUGAACGUUCACCAACAAACACAAUACGAUUAAAAACAAAUAGUACACCUUUGAAUACAAAUGAAUCAGAUACAUUAUUAACUAAUAAUAAUAAUAAUAAUAAUAAACCAUUAUGGAAUGGUACAAAUAUUGAACAACAAAAUGAUAAAAAUACAUUACAAAAUGAAUUAACAAUGAAUAUUCGUGAACAUGAUUUAUUUAUAAUAAAUAAAAGUUAUUGUGUUUAUUUAUCGAAUCUUGAAGUACCUAAUAUAAUAUUUGCAGCAACGUUAGAUGAUUAUGUUAAUGCAACAUUACUUAUAACACAAAUGAAUAAACAUGAACAACUUACAAAAAUUCAAGCCAAUUCUUAUAAAUCAAAACUUGUUGUUGGACAAUUUUGUGCUGCACUUUUUAAUGGAGAUUGGUAUCGAGCUCGUAUAUUGGAAGUUGAUGAAAAUCGUGUUCAUGUACAAUACAUUGAUUGGGGAAAUACUGGAUGGUGUGAUUCAAUUCUUGAAAUUCGUUCAUUACCAAUCGAAUAUUAUAAAGAUUCUAUUUUAUGUGUAAAAUGUAUUUUGGAUGGAAUACCAACUGAAAAUAAACUAUCCGAUGAACAAACAAAUGCUAUACUUGAAAUACUUGUUCUUGAUGUUAAACUUGAAAUGAC